UAACCUAACUUUAUAUCGAAUCAGUAAAACACUUACAGCAACUUUGCAACACCCAACAGUGAAGAAACUCAAACUCAAGUACUCAACAACAAACACUAUAAACUAAUAAAAGUAAUAAGUUAUAUAAGUCUAUAACCCAUUAACCUCCACAGGCCCACACAGUCACAGAGACACGGUCAGACAUUACUUUAGAGACUCAAAACUCAAGUUGAGUUACUCAACAACAAAUAUAAGAAGUUCAGAACACAGUUCUUAACGCUACAGCUCCCACACACACACAGUCCAAGAUUCAAAAACUCAACCAAAAAAAAAAAAAAUCAAAAGAUAACUCCACACAUACAUACGGUGAUUCACUCAUGCAAAUUUAGUGAAAUAGCAUAUCAAAACACUAUAAACACACUCUCAUAGUGAAAGAAAGAGAGAAAGAGAGCUAAAAAACCAGAUCAAGCGACGACAAAAGGCAGACCAAGCGGCGGCGGCGGCGGCAGAUUAGGGACAGUCAAGCGGCGGCAGAUUUUGUGUGUGUGAAGCAGAGGCAGCCUUUUUCCUUUGGGUUUGGAGAGUGAAGAAGAAUAAUGAGAGAUUUUGGAGGUGAUAUCUAAGGAUUUAGAAGAAGUUCCUUUUGGUAUGGCUUUUGGAGGACUAUUCUAAAAAUUCCUAGUGUGCAGAGGAGGCACAAAAAGAGCAAGGUUCCACAUUCAAGCUAUGCGAACUUGGUUGAGAGAUCAUUUCUUUAAUAAAAGAAGAAAGGAAAGAGAGAGAGCAUUUUUUGAGAAUGGAAGCAAGUUACUAGAGAAGCUGAUUGCCUCUUGCAACGGCAAGUCUAUUCCCAUUCGCACCUUCUCAGAUCAACAACUUGGCCAAGCAACCAACAAUUAUUGUGAAAAGCAGGAGUGGUGUUGGUACAAGGGUUCUCUUGAAGGAAGAAUUGUUUUCGUUAAGCGAUUACCAGACUCUAAAUUAUGGGCCGAUAUAGCCAUCAAUGAUUUAGUGAUGUCUGCAAAGAUGAGUGCUCACAGUAAUGUGUUAAAUCCCAUAGGGUGUUGUCUCGAGACUCCAUCUCCCGUUUUAGUGUAUGAAUUUGCUGCCAAUGGUUUUCUUAUGGAUCGGAUUUAUGUCUCGCGUGUUACUAAACAAAAAAAUCAACCCAUGGCAUGGAUGAGCAGGUUAAAGAUUGCAAGGCAUAUUGCUUAUGCAAUUUCCUAUCUCCAUACUGCCUUCCAUAGACCUGUCAUCCACAUGGCUUUACGUAUGCACGGUAUCUUAUUAGAUGAACAUGAUGUUCCCAAAUUGUGCAACUUGUUUCAUUCUGUAUCAAUCCCUGAGGGUGAAACUGACGUGAAAGGUCAUGAGGUCUUGCGGAAUUUCAGGUUCUACGCCCCCGAGUUUAGAGCAUCAGGCAAGGUAACGGAGAAAACUGAUGUAUAUGACUUUGGUCGGCUCCUUCUGGAACUUUUAACUGGAGAAAACUCUUAUCAUAUAAUUCGAUUGACAAUUAAUGAAGGUUCUACCUUAGUAGAAUACAUGCAUAACCGUACUCAAGGUCAUUGCAUAAACGAGAUUGUGGAUCCCACAAUCUUGGCAGAUGGGGAAGCAGGUGCUAGUUUACAGCGGCAGUUACAGGCUGUGGUGAACCUUGCCUUGACAUGUACAGAGGAAGAUCCACAGAGAAGGCCAACUAUGGUAGAUGUCACCAAAAAACUCAGGCGGAUUGAGAGGUUCACAAAGGUGGAUGAAGAGGCUUUGGGAAGUGUGCGGAAUUUAAAGCUUCAUGAGCGUUUUGAAGGGCAUGCUUCUGCAUCAUUGAAGAGAAAUAUUUCUAAUGAUGAAAGCCAAGCAGUGAAAGAAGCCUCUGAAAGCCUCCGAAGCUUAAUUGUGACUGAAUGAUGACAGAGCUUGUAUAGCAGUUCUGUGAUUGAGAAGGCAAAUAUAAAAGUUAAGUUGGUCAAAGAAAUAUCUGUGAGUUUCACCAAUAGCAGUAGUAGCCCAGGCUAUUAUUUGGAGCAUUUAGAUUUCUAAAGAGAUGAAAUUGCAGAAAGUGAUCAUUGUGGCAGACUCUUAAGGUAUAUGUAUAUUGAUGCUUUAAGAACUGGAGGAUAGAUUGGUAUUGGCAAAGGAGUUUUUUUUUUUUUUGCUAAUCCUCAAUGUCAUUAAUCUAAAAGGAUUUAAAAGAGAGGUACUCCACCCUACAAACAGACUCUGAUAUGAGGUGGGAGUUUACCUUUAUUGAAACAAAAAGAAUGACAGGAGUUUAACACAAAUUUAGCAACUGUAUGAGCUGCAGAAUUGCAAAGGAGUUCAUUGUUCUUUCGUUCACCAAUUACACUCUACCACAUAACUGU